CGUCGUGAAGGGGUGACGAUAAAAUUAUGGAAGCUGGAUUAAAAGAAAGAAAGAGGCUGUAAUUCGUAAUAUCCGUGUCGCUACUACUGGAUGUGUGUGAGAGAGACGCCUUCUUGCUGUCCCUUUUUCCCAAUUGCGACUGCCGUCGCGCGCGCACACGUCGCAGCCAGGCUGGGUUGCUUUCCAGGAAGAUUCUAUCUCCUACCAUGGUUUCUUCAUCCGCACUUGUUCAGGAAUAUGACAGCUCUUUAUUGUCUAGGAAGAGGUUGAAAGUUUCAAAUUGUGAACUAGAUUCACAUAUCUCCAUCGGCUACCAUGAUGAUCAUGCUUCUAUUUCAGUUCAGUCAGUCUCAGACACCAUGAAUUUCUCAGCUCAUGGGUGCUUUAAUGCCUGUCAUGCUGCUUCAUUUUGCUGCUGCUUGGACAAAAAGACUUGUUCUAGUUCUGUGCUUGAGAUGAGUUGUCAAUUGAAUGGCAAUAGUAGUGGUAUUCCAGAGUCUAGUAAUGCUGGAGGGUCAGUGAAAUCCUACCAGGAUAAGAACUUUCCUGGCUACAUGCCACCUGCUUUUGCCAGUGGAUGGAUGUAUCUUAAUGUAAAUGGACAAAUGUGUGGUCCUUAUAUUCAGCAACAGUUAUACGAGGGUUUAUCUACUGGUUUCCUGCAUGAAGAUCUUCCUGUCUAUCCAGUUUUAAAUGGGACAUUAGUCAAUCCUGUACCUUUAAAGUACUUCAACCAGUUCCCUGAUCAUGUUGCUACUGGUUUUGCAUACCUUGGCAUUGGUAUCUCAGGCACAUCCAUGCCUAUGAGUCAUUUUACCUCUGUUAGUAUGGAUUCUGCUAUACAUAGGCAAGAAGGCUGUGUUCCACAUGCUGCUCAAGUUUCUCUUUGUUCAGAUGCACAGGAGAUGGUAUCCCAUUCACAUGUGCCUCAUAAUACUUGCGGCUCCAAUCAGCCAGUUUCAAAUUCUAUGGCAGCUAGCCAUGAUAUACCAUUCUCAUUGCUGUCAGGGGAAGAUUCUUGUUGGAUGUUUGAGGAUGAUGGAGGGAGGAAACAUGGACCACAUUCUCUUUCAGAACUUUAUUCUUGGCAUCGUCAUGGAUAUCUCCGCAAUUCUUUGACAAUAUAUCAUAUCCAAAACAAGUUUAGACCCUUCCCUUUGCUAUCCGUUAUAGAUGCAUGGAGUACAGAUAAACAUGAAUCUGUUUUGGCAUCUGAUGCCGAAGGCGAGAUGGGCUCACUAUGCAGCUUUGUGUCUGAAAUCUCCGAAGAAGUUUCUUGUCAACUGCAUGCUGGAAUAAUGAAAGCAGCUCGUAGAGUUGCUUUAGAUGAGAUCAUUAGCAAUGUCAUGUCAGAGUUCUUUGAUACAAAGAAAAGUCAUAGAAAUCUUAAGCGCAGUUAUCAAGACGCCAGAGCUUGCUCUCCACAUGAAAGAAUGUCUGAAGUUACUGGCGAAAGGAGAAAUCAUGCUGUUCCUGAGUGCAAACCGGCAGCUUUUAGCCAUAACUCCGAUCAGGCAUGUGUUGAUGGGAUGUCAGAGCUGUUACCCAAAAACACAAAAUCUGUUGGAACAAUUGAUAACUUCUGGGGGUCUUACGCAGUUGUUUGUAGAAUCCUUUUUGAUUAUUGCAUGGAAGUCAUGUGGAAUGCUGUCUUUUAUGAUGCCAUUGCAGAUUAUUCUAAUUCUUGGCGAAGAAGAAAACUCUGGUCCGCACGUUCAAAUAUUAGACUACCUGCUAGUAUCAAGGAUUAUGGCGGGGAGAUUGAAAAAUUAUCCAGUGAACUUGAACUUGAAUCUGAUUGCAGUGUUGAUUGUCCCCCCAAUUUUGAUCUUGUGACAGUUAAGAAAGAUAAUCAUGCGCAAUCGCAUAAUCUAUCUCCAUUUCUGCAUGUGAGAGAGAGGGCAUCCAAACUGAAUGCCCUAUCCCACAAGGCCUACAGGGGUAUAAGACGCAUCUUAGAGUAUGUAAAAAAUGAGCUACAUAUGUCCACAAAGCCAUUUUUCUCCGAAUAUGUUGAAUUUCUUAUUGACAAAGAAGUGGGGAAAAUAGUUAGAGUCUCAGAGGAUGACAAACUGAAUGAGGAGACUGUUGAAUCUUUCUCUCGACGUUGUCAGACAACUGAUUAUAGUUCUUCAGAAUUUCAAGAUGAAUUGACGACUGAUUCCGUUAAACUGAAUGUUGAGACAUCUGACGAUACUCAAAGUUUGGUACAAGCUGGAAAACCCUUAGGUUCAUUGGCACCUGAGGAUCUUUUCUCCAACUUUGUGGCAAGUGCGUUUGCAAAGUCACAGGUAGAUGUUGAUUUUGUGAUGGUUGACCAAAAUAUUGACGAGCCACCACCACCUGGUUUUGGAGAUAAUGCUAGGACUCUUGUCCCAUCACCUAUUCAUAAAUUCCGACCUACACAACCAGAAGAGUCUAUUCCUAAGAUCAGAGAAUAUGUUGCCAUGGCGAUUUGCAGGCAAAAGUUGCAUGAUGAUGUACUAAGCGAGUGGAAGUCAUUUUUCAUCGAUGGCAUUCUUAAUCAAUUUCUUAGAUCAAUUCAUACUUUAAGACAACACUGUCAACCUGGCAGUAAGAUGGGAGGAACAUCUAAUGCCAAUAAGGAUCACAAUGGCACUGCUCUUACUUCUCUAUACAAACUUAAAGGAACAAGGGAAUUUAACAGUUCAGACUCUGCGGGGGUGUCUUCGGUUUGUGAUAAAUACACAUAUUAUCGGAAGAAGAAGUUGGUGCGGAAGAAGUUGGGUUCAUCUUCUCAGUCCAUAACACCAGUUGACACAGGGCUACAGCAUCAUCCUGUAGAGAAAUUACAGAAGCAGAAUGUUGUCAAAGAUAUAGAAGUUGAACCUGUCGUUGCCACUCUCAAGAAGAAGAAACAAAAGAAGGGCCAAACUGAAUUAUCUGAUGACAGAAGGGCUAUAAAGUCCAUUGUUAAGAGUAGCUUACCUAGUGAUCAAUCAAUGGCCAAAAAUGGCACUCAUCAAAAAGUGAUCAAGUAUAAGCAUGCAGUUCCUAGACCUAGUAUUAACGUCACAAUAGAUACUAUAAAACCCAAUCGGAAGAAUUCUUCAGAUGUAAGUAAAGAUCAUGCUAAAGUUAAGAAGGUUAGUGAUAGCAACAACCAUGAUGGUGGAAUUGAGGAAGUUCCUACUCAUGAUUAUUCAAAAAAGAAUCUAGCAACUAAGAUAUCAAAGUUAAAAAGAAAGCAUUCAGCAGAUGGUAGGUCAGUUUCACAUCCUAUGAAAUUCCUGAAAGUGACCACUAGUGGCUCCAAGCAAGCUGCAUCUAGACAGGUCACAGCGGGGAAGGCAAAAUCCCGUAAAUCCAGGGCGUCAAAUUCGUGCCCUAGAUCAGAUGGAUGUGCACGAUCUUCAAUCACUGGCUGGGAAUGGCACAAAUGGUCACAUAGUGCAAGUCCUGCAGACAGAGCGCGUGUUAGGGGAAUUCAUUGUCUUCAUGCUAACUAUUCAGUUUCUGAGGCCUAUACUUCUCAGUUGUCAAAUGGUAAGGUUCUUUCUGCAAGAACAAACAGGGUGAAGAUGCGCAAUCUUCUUGCUGCAGCUGAAGGCGCUGAUCUUUUAAAAGCUACACAAUUGAAGGCAAGAAAAAAGCGUUUGCGUUUCCAACAGAGCAAGAUUCAUGACUGGGGUCUUGUUGCGCUGGAGCCAAUUGAGGCCGAGGAUUUUGUAAUCGAGUAUGUUGGUGAAUUAAUUCGUCCUCGUAUAUCUGAUAUACGCGAACGUCUUUAUGAGAAGAUGGGGAUUGGCAGCAGCUAUCUUUUUAGACUUGACGACGGUUAUGUGGUUGAUGCUACAAAGCGUGGGGGAGUUGCAAGAUUCAUAAACCAUUCUUGUGAGCCCAACUGCUACACCAAGGUCAUAAGUGUUGAAGGCCAGAAAAAAAUUUUCAUUUAUGCAAAACGACAUAUAGCUGCAGGGGAAGAAAUUACUUAUAACUACAAAUUUCCAUUGGAGGAGAAAAAGAUACCUUGCAAUUGUGGUUCUAGAAAGUGUCGUGGAUCACUGAACUAGGAAGAAUUAUGAGUUACUAUUUCUGGCAGGUCAUUCUUUACAGUUCUCGUCUUCAAUCUGUAUAUAUCAACUACUGCCAGAAUCUUGACUUUUCUGGAGGAGAUGGAUUUCCCUUCUCAGCUUCAAAAUACCCACUCUGAUAAACUGCUGUUUCAAAGUGUUCGGACGAAUGUGGUUGGGUGAGCCACAGACUGGCGGCAGAAUGCAUUGGCAUAUCAUCAGCUGUUGUGAAUCAUAGGUAUAGAUAAAGGCUGGUUAUGUGUGGUGGUUUUUGCCAUAAAUUUGUUGCCUGCUUUUUGAAGAUGGAGUUCUGACUUGAGCAUUCUUGUAGAUCUCUCUCUCUCAGCUGCAGAUGAGUUUCUCCUCUUAGAAAUUCCAAACAGUUUGUUGUUUCUUGCCUACAUGACAUUUUGGAACAUCAAUUGGUUGUACAAAACAUGCAUUACUUCAUUUAUUCAAUACAAAUGAAAAAGUUAUAUACAUUAAAUCUUAGAAAUGAUACCGAUAUUUUUGUUGGUAUUUUUUUUUAGUGAGGAAGUGCUUUGCCCUGCAACUUAACAUGUUCUUGUAUCUUGGAACUCCAUAUGUAAAAUCAGAGGAAUUGAAGAAAUCUGGAGUAUGUUGCCAUUGUCCCAAUAAUACUAAUAUUUCAAUGCGGGAAGGACUCAGGUUGUUUGGCACUGUGAACCAUUUGGUAAAAUUUUUGUGGCCAGUUGAUCUCAACCUAUGUGUUGUCAUUUCAACUUUGCUUGACGGGCAGCCAUCUAAUAUUGACAUUUAAAAUGAAUGUCGCAUGAUGAAUCUUCUUUAAAGUUCUGCUUUUGAGAUUACCCAUGCAGCCCAAAUAAUCCUGAUGUGAGUCAUGACCUUAACCAGCAAAAAUUUUUGUUAAAAGAAAACCUGAGGAAUGGUUAGAUUAUAACUGCCAGUGAGACAACCUAACGGGCUUGACAAGCAGUUCCUAUGAUUUGACGGGCACAAUUCCACUUGUUAAGAUUUAAAGUUUGCUGCAAUCGAAGGGUAAAAUUGACUGGUCUAAAGAUUAUCCAGCUUUCAAUGCCGCAGUUUCAAGUGAAAAGAUUGGCAUGUGUUUCAAAGCUGGGGAAUGAUGAUCAAUAAUCAAUGUAGAGAUUGCUAAUGAAUGGCUACGUUUAUGUAGUAACUGGUGUCCAUGAGCAUCACUUGAUCUGGUAGGAGGCAGCAACAGUUUAGUAGGUAGCUUGUCAUGAAUUAUGAUUUCUAAUGGCAAACUUAUCAUUUUUAUCAAACUAGGCUGUAUGCCUUUCCGUUUAAUUAUUACUUCUUUUUUCCUUUAAAUUUGUUGUGGUUGCAGGGUUUCAAGUAGAAACCACUAUAGAUGUCGGGGUGGAGUUUUCUUAAUGCCCCCUGGUAUGUUUCUGAUCCCUCUCCUCUCCCUAUAGGAACGCCAAGGUUUUGUAAUAAUAUAAUGGAAUGUCUCACCCGCACAAUUUAAUGUCGAUUACCAACCAGGAUUCCAAUAUUCGCUAAAAUGUCACGUAGGGCUGAAAACGAUACUCACCUACAUGAGUGUACUAUUUUUAACUUGACCAAAGAUUUUCUUUUCUUUUUCAAAGAAAAAAGUUUAAAAAAGAAAAAGAAAAUGCUGGAUCCUUAAUUCUUUAGAGGGCUCAUACCGGAUCAAGCCAAGGUAUGGCAUUGAAACCCUUGUGUUUGCUGGAGAGUGAAAUUUGAACAAGUGGACAUUUGAAGCUGGGCUCCUGCAUGCAACUGCUGUGAUUUUAAGGACUGAGUUGGGUGCCGAGAGCACCACCGUCUUUCAUGUCCAUGUGCAAUCUUUAUCCUUUUGUACAAAUUGUUUUGCAUGGCUUGAAAUUGUUGGGUCAGGAACAACCUUUAUUUCGAUAUUUUGCAAAAAUAAACUAAUGGUAUAGGAAUAGGAGGAUGGGUGUUUGAUCCGUGAAGUAAAGUAGCUUUGUUUCAAAUUAAUUAGGUGUCAGUGUUCCUUUUUCAUCCUCUUGCUUAAGAAGUAACUCCGCCUGUGCCAGUGCCUUGUCAUUACACAGCCGGUCCCAAGCCCGGAUAAAGGAGGAGGGUUGUAGUUGGUAAUCAAAUGAACUUCCUUUUGUGCGA